ACUCAAGUUGCCAAAAAGGGACUCAUGUAGUAGUUCCACAACUAGACGCUGCCCAGAAAACCUUGCUUAAUAUAGAUCCCACAUGAGCUGAGCUAUAGUCAAUCCCAGCAGCUCAACCAACACCAUUGAGUGAGAAAAUCUCUCAAGGGUGGAUUGGCCUAAGAUAUUUGUUAAUUAGAAGACACUGAGGUGUUUGCAUACUGAUUCCUUCUUUUUAAAAAUAUCAUAUUGGAUUAUUUCUUCUUUUCUGGUGAUCUAGAAACAGAUAGAAAAAAAGUAAACUAUGUCGGGGCACAGCAGGAAUUCGGAGNAAGAAGACACCUUUAGUGAGGAGCUUGAUGAAGACGAACUCCUAGCCAACUUAUCCCCUGAAGAGCUGAAGGAACUGCAGUCAGAGAUGGAAGUCAUGGCCCCUGACCCCCACCUUCCUGUGGGGAUGAUCCAAAAGGAUCAAACAGACAAGGCACCCACAGGAAACUUCGACCAUAAGUCUCUUGUUGAUUACAUGUAUUUGCAAAAGGCGUCUAGACGCAUGCUGGAAGAUGAACGAGUUCCUGUCAGUUUUGUGCAGUCUGAGGGAAACACUCAAAAACAGCAUGAAGUAAGAGACAAGGGCAUUAAAAACAUGCCCCAGUUUUUAAAAGAAAAGCUCAAUAGUGAAAUCCUUGCAAAGAAAAGAGAAUCAAAUGGGAGCAACAAUGUACAAGAAACAGAAGAUGAUGAUGAAGAUGAAGAGGAGGAGGAAGAUGAAGAAGAUGAAGAGGGUGNUGAAGAUGAAGAGGAUGAUGAAGAGGAAGAGGAUGAAGAUGGUGAACAAGCCAACAUAGAAAAAAAUGACGCAAAAGAACAAAUCCACAACAAUACGGGCACCUGCCAGCAACUGGCUACUAAAACAGCAAACGAGCAAAAAGACACACCAGAGACCAAAGAAAAAGGUGAGAAGAAAAUAGCCAAAUUAGACCCUAAGAAGUUAGCUCUAGAUACCAGUUUUCUGAAGGUAAGUGCGAGGCCCUCAGGGAACCAGACAGACCUGGACGGGAGCUUGAGACGAGUGAGACAGAACGACCCCGACAUGAAGGAACUCAACCUGAACAACAUUGAAAAUAUCCCUAAAGAAAUGUUACUGGACUUCGUCAAUGCCAUGAAGAAAAACAAACACAUCAAAACCUUCAGUUUAGCCAACGUCGGUGCUGAUGAGAGCGUAGCGUUCGCCCUGGCCAACAUGCUGCGGGAAAACAGGAGCGUCACCACCCUCAAUAUNGAGUCCAACUUCAUCACCGGGAAGGGCAUCGUGGCCAUCAUGAGGUGCCUCCAGUUCAAUGAAACGCUAACUGAACUUCGGUUUCACAACCAGAGACAUAUGCUAGGCCACCACAACAUCCAUCCAUCCUCCUACACAUGCAGUGUAUCUGUCCUCUUUGACUUUUCCAUAGAAAAGCCCAAGACAUCCACCAUCUAUGAAGGUCCUGUCCAAUCUCCCAACCACAUGGCAGGUCCUAUCCCUUCUGUUUAA